CAAGGACGGUGGGUCCGUGACGAUAGCAGAAGUGGCUCUAUACGGCGACGUGGUGCUACGAUACGUCACCCAGCAUGCCUCUUACUCCGGCCCCUUCCUUCCCAACUACGCACCCGCCUCCAACGCCGUUUCCUCCUACGGCCUUACCCGCCUCGACCAUGCCGUGGGGAACGUUCCCAAGCUUCUUGACACCGUUCGGCAUAUUCUAAACUUCACAGGGUUUCAUGAGUUCGCGGAAUUUGUUGCGGCGGACGUGGGGACGCUGGAUAGCGGGCUGAACUCGAUGGUGCUCGCGAAUAACGCGGAGAAUGUUUUGUUUCCGAUCAACGAGCCGACGUUCGGCACGCCGCGGAAAUCGCAGAUCCAAACAUACCUGGAGCACAAUGAAGGGCCAGGAUUGCAGCAUCUCGCGCUCUCGUGCACGGAUAUCAUCGCGACGCUUCAAGAGAUGCGCGCGCGGACGGAGCUGGGAGGGUUCGACUUCAUGCCGCGGCCAUCCGCGAAUUACUACAAGGAGCUGCCGAAGCGGAUUGGGCCGGAUAGCGGGCUGUCAGAGAAGCUUAUUAAGGAUUGUGAGACGCUGGGUGUGCUGGUGGAUAGGGAUGAUCAAGGCGUGCUGCUGCAGAUUUUCACGCGACCUGUGGGGGAUAGGCCCACACUGUUCUUGGAGAUCAUACAGCGUGUGGGGUGCAUGUAUCCAGGGCCAGAUGGCACUCUGGUGCAGAAGGGAGGAUGUGGGGGGUUCGGCAAGGGUGAGCGGUGGAGAGUGGUGGGGCUGGAUGCAGGGCUAUUCCUCUUUCAAGCAAACCAUUCCUCCUCCAUGCAACCCCACCGCUCUAAACCCCGCACCACCGCUCACCAAAACUUUCUUCCCAUCUACCUCCUUCACCCACCUCUCCCAUCGUCCCCCUGCCCUCCCGCCUUUUCCUUCCCCCCUUCCCUCCCCUUCUCCCCGCGCAGAGCAGAGUGUGCGCAGGGACGUUAUCGCCCUCCCCUCCGGCCUCUCCUCUCCCUACCUCACAGUGUUUGCCCGCCCUCUUGCCGUUGCUGUGAGUACCGGCAUGCAGUGGGGGCGUAUGUGCUGAGUCUGCCAGGGGGAGUGAUGGACGCAGGGGAGACGCCAGAGCAGGCAGCAAUGCGGGAGCUUGAGGAGGAGACAGGGUUCGUGGGAGAAGGGGCAGAAAUGAUAGGCUCGUGCCGCCCACUCCCUGGGGUGUGGCAGCAGAAGGUGUUGUUUGUGCGUGUACGGAUCAACAAAGAUGAGAGAAGAAGAGCAACGGCAAGGGAAGGCACAGAGACACUCAUGCAUACAAGCCUAGUUCCGCUUCACGACAUUGAUGCGCGCAUUAAAGCGGGAGUUGAGGUAGAUGGUGUGCUGCUUUCAGGCUUGUAUUUUGCUGGCCUUAGAAAAGGCUCCGCCUCCCCCUUCCCCUCCCCCGCGGAUGCUUCCCGCCACAGCACAGGCGGGGUUCCGCAAGUGUCAAUUGCGCGACCUGGGAUUUUAACGGCUGGUGGCAUUUUGCCGUACGUUAGUCAAGAUGCUGGCGCUGCGAGUACGAGUGGCUCCGGAAAUCCCGCCGCUAUUGGCGGCGGGACCGGCGGCGGCGGAUCUGUAGGGGGCUUUGCGCACGGCACGGGGAGGGCGCACGGCGGGGGGUAUGGCGGAGGCGCGGGAUUGUACAGCACAGGGGGGACCGGGGGAGCAAGCGCGGGGGGGAGGGGAGGCGCUGUGCGCAUUCUAAGAGAUGACAGGGCGGGGGGAGGCGCGGGGGCAGCGGGGGCUGUUGCCCCCGUUGCUGCGAGUGCGAGUGUAACUCUAGUGAAUUCGGCGUGGGAUUUUACUCCUGAUCGGCUCCUGCAGGCGCUCUCAGAUAACACGGAUUUCACAGUGCUGGCGGUGCUGGGUCCGCCCUCCCUUGGAAAAUCAUCGCUGCUCAACGCGCUUGCUGCUGCGCACAUUCCCGCCAAUGCCGCUGCUGGGCCCCUGGGAGGGGUGUUUGUGGUGGGCGGGGAGGAGCAGGUGCUGGCAGGGCGGCACGGCAGCAGCGGCGUGGAGGCGCAUGUGACCUCGGAUAGGCUGUUGCUCAUAGACACUCAGCCCAUCAACAGCGCAUCUCUCCUCCUAGACGUUGCCUGUGCGGACGGAACCGUCAGCAUCGACAUCAUCCCUCCUCCUUCCACUAUCUCCCACUCCUUUCCUGACCUUCAUCACCCCUUCCAUCCCCACUCUUUCACCUUCAUCUCUUUUAUCCCGUCAUCCCAUGCCCCACCUCAUUCGUCCUGUACUUGUUUGUCAAUCUUCCGUCCAGUCCUCCUUCCCCUACGUCUCCUCAUGCCCCCACCACCCCCCCAUCAGCCCAUCAACUGCGCAUCUCUCCUCCUAGACGUCGCCCGUGCAGACGGGACCGCCAGCAUCGACAUCAUCCCUCCUCCUCCUGCUGCUGCUGCUGCAGAUGGUAAUGGUGGUGCUGCUGCUGCUGCUGCAGAUGAUAAUGGUGGUGGUGCUGCUGCUGCUGCUGCUUAUGGUGGGGAGGCUGGGGACUCUUCUCUGAUCAGUGCUGAGCUCGCACACACCAUCAUGGGCCUGCAGCUAGGGGUAUUUCUCUUCUCCGUGUGUCACCUGGUGAUCGUGGUGUGUGAUGGAAUAAACGACCGCGCCACCUGGGAGUACAUCCAGACCGUCCAAAUGCUGCGCCUCUCCCCAUCUGAAAGCCCCUGGGGCCCUUCAAAGGCUGCUGCAACCUCGGCUGCUGCUGCUUCUCCUGCUGCUGCUGCUGCCGCCGCUGCUGUUAGUGCUGCUGGUGCUGCUGGUGUCCCGUCUACUGGGGGGGAACACAGGGAGAGCUGCAGUUGGGUGGGGGAUGAGAUGGUGUUGGGGAAGGAGGGAGAGGAGAGUUUCGCUGCCGAUGCUCUCUUUGUCUUCGCCAGGUGCGUUCUCCUCGCUCACUCUCUCCCUCACGCCAGUCAGAAGGGGGAAAAGGGAGCAGAGGAAUCAGAGGAGGAGGAGGAGGAGGAGGAGGAGGAGGAGGAGGAGGAGGAGGAGGAGGAGGAGGAGGAGGAGGAGGAGGAGGAGGAGGAGGAGGAGGAGGAGGAGGAGGAGGAGGAGGAGGAGGAGAAGGAGGGAGAAGGGAGAGAGGAGGGAGCAGAGGGAGAGGAGGGAGAGGGGGAGGGGGGAGAGUAG